AUGGCACGAACGAAGCGGAUAAAAUCCCGGACCCAGAAAACAGGCCGCCAAUAGCGUUCAAAGUAAUUGGCGCCUCAAUCACUGAAGGGUGAAGCAUUAAUAGCAACUAGAAAACACCUGUCAAGUGCGAUAAUAGCAGGUCGUGGUGUGGCAAGCAGAGCAAAUGUGAAAUGAAAUAAUUAUUUUUGGAAGUUCGUCUAUCAACUAAUCUUCAAUAUAUGUACUUCGAAUCCCAUGACUCUGGAGCAGCGGUUAAGUGACUUAUUGAACACGUACCAAGAUUCCUACGGCAGAUACCACUUGGGUAAAGGAUAAAAUGUCCCCUUCAGCAGCCGGAGCCACGACAGACCUAUUGGACUUUGAUGAAAUACUCACUCAAAUUGGGGAAUUCGGACGCUAUCAGCGGCGGAACUAUCUGCUUAUCUGUCUGCCCGUUCUGUUUGCCGCAGCAAACAGUCUGUCGUAUGUGUUCACUGCUGGCAAACCCACCUACCGCUGCUACAUAACCGGGUGCGACAGCAUCCAGGCGCCAGAGUACCAUGCCGACUGGCUGCACAUAGCUGUGCCUGGAACUUGGAGCAAGAAGGGUUUGUUCACGCCAGCCAAUUGCGAUCGGUAUGUGGCCAACGAGACGAGUGGUUUCAGCUGGGACCCUCUGCAGCCGGGACAAUGCACGGCCGAGAACUUCACACAGGAGGAGGAGCGUUGCCUACAGUUCGUGUACGGGACCCAGGAGCGAACCAUUGUGCAGGAGUGGCAGCUGACGUGCCAGGAGAACGCCUGGAAGCUGGCCUUUGUGGGAACCACACACUUUGCGGGACUGGUGAUCGGUACCGCGUUGUUCGGUUACCUGGCCGAUCGAUUUGGACGCAAGCGCAUAUUCUUGUUCUGCAUCGUGUUCAUGGCUGUGACUGGAGUAGCGCAGGCCCUGGCCUGGGACUACAUCAGUUUUCUGAGCUUUGCCUUGCUAAAUGCCGUUGGCACCUCCGGCGUGUAUCCGCUGGCUUUCAUUAUUGGCGUGGAGAUGGUGGGGCCGAGGAAGCGCGAGAUGUCCUCCAUUGUACUGAACUAUUUCUAUGCGGUGGGCGAGGCCCUGUUGGGGUUGUCCGUGUUCAUUCCCAAUUGGCGGAACUUACAGCUUAUACUGUCUAUACCACCGCUGAUCUUUUUGGGAUACUUUUGGAUUGUGCCAGAGUCGGUAAGGUGGCUAUUGGCUCGCAACCAGCGGGAGAAGGCUGGCGUGAUUAUUCGGAGAGCGGCGGAGGUCAAUCGCCGGGAUAUUUCAAUUGAGUUGCUGGCCAGUUUCAAGCAGCAGGAACUGGACAUGGAAAGUACCGACUAUGAUCAGAAGGAGAAACAAGAAAAUAACCAAAUUUGGCUGGCCGUCAAGGAGGUUUUUGCUUCUCAUACUUUGAUUAUUCGCUAUGUGAACAUGCUCUUCAUUUGGGCCGUCAAUGCCAUCGUCUACUAUGGACUCUCCCUGAACUCGACCAGCUUGAGUGGCAACAAGUAUCUGAACUUUACCCUGGUCUGCCUUGUGGAAAUCCCCGGCUACAGCUUGGCGUGGCUGUGCCUGCGAAAACUAGGCCGCAAACUUGCUUUGUCUGGAUCCCUGCUGCUCUGUUCGAUCACCUGUGUGGCCAGCGGCUAUAUGACUAUGCUACAAGUCGAGGGGAAUCCCAGCGGACUUCAAGCUGAGGGUGCCAACUGGUUGAUUGUGACGCUCUUUCUCAUUGGAAAGCUGGGCAUCACGUCCUCGUUUGCCGUCAUCUAUACGUACACCGCGGAAAUGAUGCCAACGGUCAUACGUAGUGGAGGCGUUGGUGUUAUGUCCACCUUUGCUCGCUGUGGUGCCAUGCUGGCUCCCUUUGUGCCGCUGCUGGGAACAUACUACGAGCCCCUGCCACUGCUGCUCUUUGGAGCCGCCUCGCUGAUUGCUGGUCUCCUUUCGCUGCUGCUGCCGGAAACCUUUCACAUGAAGCUGCCCGAUACGGUAGAAGAGGCCAUCGCUUUGGGAAAAUAAUAAAGGAAAUUAUUGUAGGAGCAAAUCCUGCGAAUACAAUCUCUCAACAAUUAGACUUAGAUGAUAUUAUUUUCUUGAUGUUAGGACUGUACAAUUAAACGUUUGCACACCUAGUAA